UUAUUAAGUGAUAAUCAUGAAGAUAAGAGAUAUCUCUAACUUCAUGGUGAUAAUCUGGAAAAUAGACAUGACAUAACAAGUAACUUCACGCAUGCACCAUGCACACAUCGAGCACUUAAUAAAGAGACCCGUCGCUAAUUGUUUUGUGUUUAUAUCGGCAACAAUCUCGAUUUAAGCACAGAACAAUAUGAUGUGGGUGAUUUCUAUGGUGGAUACUGGAUAGUGGUUAUCUUUAAUUGUGCCGACAACUUUUUAUGUGGAUAUAAAUAAUUCGCCGUAGCUCUAUCCGUAUUAUGAUCCAAUGUAAAAUGGUAAAAGCAUUAAAACCAUGAAGUAAAACAUUAUUUUCUAUAGGAGAUAGAUAUCAAUGAAUUUAUGAAUUUAAUGUUAUAUUUAUAUAUGAUUUACUGUUUAUGACGCUGUAAAAGUGGCAGACGGCAGUCUUUUCGUUUUCGUCUACGCAUUGCUGCUGGGAAUCAUAAAUUAGAAUAGUUAAUUAGGAUUUGGAUAUUGACUAUUGGGCUUCGGGCAUUUAGCUGAUAUAUUAAUUUGGAAUCAAUCAUCACUUGACAGUUGACACUUAUUAGUAUUUGGUAAUUUGUUUAGUGUAUAAAUGAUGUAAUAUUGUUAUAGAUAACUUGGUUCCGUGAUAAUAGUAGUAAUUAUUAAGUAAUGAAAUAACAAAACAAAUGAAAUAUAUUUUAUAAUGGCGUUACCAGUGAAAGGUAUAUGCAUGGAAAUGUGUCCAAGAGAGGAAAAAACUAUGAGAAAAUCAAAAAAACUUGUACACCAGUUAGAAUGUGCCCCAUAUAAAAUGGUUAAAUGUUUUAGUCGUUCAGCUGCAGGUAGUUCAUUAAACAAACCUCAUAUUUUAAGGCCGCCAUCAGUUUUGAAGAAUACCAUAUCAUAUCUUUUAAAUGAAAUACUCACAAUUACUAAUAUACCAUUCAAUAUUGUUUAUGAUUUUAUUGAUGACCGUUUAAAUUCUAUAAAACAAGAUGCCACAAUACAAGAAGUGUCUGAUCAAGAUUGGAUGGCUAUUUUACCACCAAUUAUUCGGUUUCAUGCAUAUGCAGCUUAUAAAUGUUAUGAAUAUGAUGUUAACACAUUUGAUCCGUUUUUAAAUAUGAAGCAUUUUCAUGAAAGCAUUUUUAAAAUUGUUAAAAUAUUUUUGCAAGACUUGGACAAAGCAACAGAUAAACUUUGUUCAGAAAUGGUAUCACUUUUGAUUGUUGCUAAUUUAGGUGAUUUUAAUGUUCUUCAACAAGCUUUGCCGUUUAUCACAAAGAAAAGUACUUUGAUAAAAAUGUCAGUGGUAUUAUCAUUGAAUAUUAUGAAUGGUAAUUUUGGACAGUUAUUUGAAACAUACAAUACAUUUCCAGUGUUGCAUCAGUGUGUUAUUAGUGUACAAUUACCAAUGCUUAGAAAGAUCAUAUUAAAAUCAAUGUGUGCUGGUUUUAACUGCAAAAAUAAUUACUUUGCAAUUUCAAACUUAACUAAAAUGUUGCUACACAAUAAACCUCAAGAAACCAUUAAAGAGUGUCAACAUUACUGUUUAACUGUAAUUGAUAAUAAAGUAGAAUUAUCUAAGUCAUCAUUUGAUAAUGAAGUGGACAAGUUACAUUUGAAAAAGAAGAUUCUAUUCAAUGUUAAUGUUUCAACCAUAGUUCUUAAUAUUUAAAAACAUGAUAUUUUAACCGUUUGUAAGUAUUAUAUGAUAUUUAAUGAAUUAUGUAUAUUUUAUUACUAAA